UGGGAGGACACAGGGAGCCCUGGAGGCUGGGAAACGAUCCAGUAGAUGCUCUACAAGAUACAGGAGCUCAAUAUUACUGAAUCUCACCUGUGACAAAGGACAGAUGGGCGUCACCUUUUCUAUACUUUAAGCUGCUUCUGCCUGUGGGUGUGGUGGUAGCAGGUGAAGGGAUUGUGCUGAUGUCUUUAAAGGCAUAUUCUGAAGAUGCAGCUGUGAUUUGUUCAGAUAAUCUCACCUGAGAAGAAUCCUAGAGGAGGAGGAAGAAGAGGAAGAAAUGGCUGGUUCUCGGAUCAACAUGGGAAAGUGUGGAUACCCAAGAUUCCUCUUGGGAAUGGGGUUAGGUUCUUGGAUAUCAGUGAAGAAAAAGAAGAUGUACAGUUGAGGUCACAUCAGAAUGCACUAGUAUCUCUAUGUCAAACAGGAUUAAAAGCACACAUUUAAAGAGGAUGACAUUAAUUGCCAAAGAUAACUUAGAAAGUUCUAAAAAAGAGAUUAAUCAGAAGAGUUGUGUCGUCUGAAAGAGGGGUCUCCAAACCUGUGGGACUGGUGACUUUCAGAGAUGUGGCCAUUGAAUUCUCUGUAGAGGAGUGGGCAUGUCUGGGUCCUGCUGAACAGAAUUUGUAUACAGAUGUGAUGCUCGAGAAUUAUAGAAACCUGGUCUUCCUGGGUCUCACCACCUCUAAGCCAGACCUGAUCAUCUGUCUGGAGCAAAGGAAAGAACCCUGGAAUGUGGUGAGACAUGAGACAGUAGCCAAACACUCAGGGAUAUUUUCUAAUUACACUGAAAGCCUGUGGACAAAGAAGUACAUAGAAGAUCUAUUCCAAAAAGUGAUAUUGAGGAGAUUUGGGAGUUGUAGCUUUCAAAAUUUACACUUAAGGAAAGACUGGGAAGGUGAGGGUGAAUGUGAAGCACAAAAUGGAUGUAGUGAUGGACAUAAAAAAAGUAGGACAACUACCUAUAAUAAAAAUGUCACUUAUAGCAGAGGUCAAACAUGUAAAAUAUUUGGGGAAAAAACUAGAUUCUUGUCAGUUACUUUUGCUGAACCUCACAUUUCUGUAAGUAAAUGUCAAUAUCGAUUUUUGGAACAUACCUUUUCUCUGAAUGGAAAUUUAGAAAAUGUAAAUAGUGACCUCAUCUAUGUAUCAAAUAAUCUGAACCAAUUAAUAUAUAGAAUUGCAUUAAAUUUGCAGUCAACUAUUUCUGAGGAUCUGACAGUUAAAAAUACGGAGAUUUUUAAAUGUGAUCAAUUUGGUGGAUCCUUUGUUAAAAGUUUAUUAUUAUUCUAUCAAAAUGUAAUACCUUCUAUUGCCAAAAUCUACAACUUUGAUCUGUAUGGGAAGGUUUUUACCCCUUCACCAUUGCUUAAUCUGUGUCAGGGAAUAGAUAUUUGGGUAAAACAUUACAUAUAUAAUAAAACUUUAAUACCCUUUAGCCAGGUAUCUACCCUAAAUAAUUACCAGAAUAUUUGUAUUGGAGACAAAAAUUAUCAAUGCCAAAAAUCUGAGAAAACCUUUGACCAAUGCUCUAGCCCUGGAAAACAUCAGAAAAGUCAUUUUCCUGAGAACCAUUUCAAAUGUAAAAAGUGUGAGAAAGUCUUUCAUCAAUACUCAAAGCUGCUUAUCCAUCAGAGUAUUCAUAUUCAAGAGAAGUCUGGCAAAUGUAAUAAAAGUGUAGAAGCUUUUAUUCAGUCAUCAAAACAUUCUCAGCAUCAAGGAAUCCAUUUUGGAGAAACCUCAUGUAGAUAUAAUAAAUGCAAGAAAGUCUUUAGUCAGUCAUCAAACAUAAAAAAAUAUAAGAUAAUCCAUACUAAAGAAAAAUCCUACAAAUGUAAAGAAUGUGGCAAAAUCUUUAACUGGAGUUCUCAUCUUACUCGACAUCAGAGAAUUCAUACUGGAGAGAAGCCCUACAAAUGUAAGGACUGUGGCAAAACAUUUAUCUGUAGUUCACAACUUACUCAACAUCAGAGAGUUCAUACUGGAGAGAAAGCCUACAGAUGUAAAGAAUGUGGCAAAGCCUUUAAGUGUAAUUCACAUCUUACUCGACAUCAGAAAAUUCAUACCAGAGAGAAAGCCUACAAAUGUCAAGAAUGUUCCAAAACCUUUAAGUAUAGUUCAUAUCUUACUCAGCACCUUCGAAUUCAUUCUGGAGAGAAACAGUACAAGUGUGAAGCAUGCAGUAAGUCUUUUACUCGUCCAUCGAGUCUUAUUUUGCAUCAGAAAAUUCACAAUGGAGAGAAGCCACACAAAUGUAAGGAAUGUGGCAAAGUCUUUAUGUAUAGUUCACGUCUUGCUGAGCACCAGAGAAUACAUACUGGAGAAAAAUGUUACGAGUGUAAGGCAUGCAGUAAAUCUUUUCUUCGUUUAUCAAGUCUGCUUGUGCAUGAGAGAAUUCAUACUGGAGAGAAACCCUACAAAUGUAAACAAUGUGGUAAAACCUUUAACUGUAGUUCAGAUCUUACUAAACAUCAGAGAAUUCAUACUGGAGAGAAACCCUACAAAUGUAAAGAAUGUGGCAUAGCGUAUACCUACAGUUCAAAUCUUUCUCGGCACCAGAGAAGCCAUGCCAGAGAAAAUGAAAACGAAUGUAAAGAAUGUAGUAAGUCUUUUACUCGGUUAUCGAGUCUUAUUAAACAUCAGAGAAUUCAUACUGGAGAGGAACUCUACAAAUGUAAAGACUGUAACAAGACUUUUAACUAUAGUUCAAAUUUUAUACAACAUCAGAGAAUUCAUACUGGAGAGAAACCCCACAAAUGUAAAGAAUGUGGUAAAACCUUUAGCUCUAGUUCAAACCUUACUCAACAUCAGAGAAUUCAUACUGGAGAGAAACCCUAUAAAUGUAAAAAUUGUGGCAAAGCCUUUAACCAGAGUUCACAUCUUACCCGACAUCAGAGAAUUCAUAUUAGACAAACUCUAUAGAUGUAAUAAAUGAGAAAAAACACUUUAUCCAAAACAGAAACUUAGAAUUCAUCAGAGAAAUCAGAGGGAAAUAAACCUUAUGGGUGCAAUAAAUGUUGGGAAGUAUUCACUCAAAACUGAAGUCCAAAUGCAUCAGGAAAUUCACACAAGAAAGAACUAAAGUACAAACACUUUUGAUAAUUAACUAAACCAGGGUAUUUAUUAUAGGGAAUAUCCAACAUCAAAUAAAUUAGGCAAUUUAUUUCCAUGCUCCAAAGGAGCAAGAACAUUUAUGUUUCGACAGGUAUAAUUAUAGUUAAUGUAUAUUUUAUUUUUAUGGACAGUAUUUGAGU